UGUAGCAGCAUGGACAGCCAGGAGGUGGGGCAUUUACUGGAGGAGUGCCUCACAGCAGCAGUGGCAGCAGCUCCACAGUCCAGACAGCCCACUGAGGCAGAGAGGCUGAACUACUGCAGCGGCAGAGACCUGCUGUGCGCAGAGCUGGCCUCUCUUCUGCAGGAGGCGAUGGAGAUGAAGUGGCCCUUUGUGCCGGAGAAGUGGCAGUAUAAGCAGUCAGUCAGUGCCAAAGACAAGACCAACCUCAGUGACCUCAUCAGCAAGCACCUAUCCCAGCUGCUGGCUGUUCUAAAAGCUUCCAUCGUGGCUCAGGAGCCAGGCACAGCGCUGGCGGUGGUCUUCUUAGUUGACCGCUUCCUCUACUGGACAGACGAGUCCAGCAGGCUGCUGAAGAUCACCAGGCUGCUCCACAGACACCACCCUGGCACCCCUGUGGCCCCGCAGCUGGUCAUACGCCAGGCCAGAGUCUACUUUAACUCUGGCAAACUCCAGAAGGCAGAAUACAUACUGAGCAGUCUGAUUAACAACAGUGGAGUCACAGGUUGUUGGGUGUACCAGUCUGAAAGUGACAGGGCUCUUGUACAGGCCGUAAGUCUUCAAGUACGUGGAAUGAUUUUGCAAAAACUAGGCCUGUGGCUGCAGGCUGCAGAGCUAAUCUGGGCCUCUCUGGUUGGCUAUUACGCACUUCCUCAACCUGAUAAAAAGGGCAUUGGAACAUCUCUUGGCAUACUGGCCAACAUACUGGUGUCUAUGAAUGAUGAGGACUUCCACACUUUUAGGACUCAUCCAGAUAUUGAUUUGUCUUUACUUGGGGACAGGAGUCAUCGUCUUCUUUCAGCAGCCCAGGCAGCUCAGUUGGCCGUGGUAUACAGCCAGUAUACUUCACUCUAUGUGCUCACCAAUGUGACAACUCAAGGAACCUGCUUGUUAUCGUACAGCUUCUCGGUGGAGUGCCCUGCCUCUCAAAGGCAGUCUUUCCUCCAGAAGGCUAAAGAGGCAUUUGCAAUCGGCCUGCUCACCAAAGCAGAGGGUGAGCUGGUCACCAGCAAACAGGAGCUCCACACCUUCAUAAAGGCUGCCUAUUCACUCACUGUCACUCACAAAUGGCUUGGCACUCCGCAAGAAGUUGUAGCACUGGCAACUCAAGCUUCCCAAAAAGCUUUAGCAAAUUUCUACGAUUACUGCAAUGCAGAUACCCAAGACAAAGACGGCCUCUGUGCUGAGAUCAUGCAUCUGGUCUCCCGAGUCAAGCUUCUAUUGCAAGUGGAGUCUUUUCUUAACUCAGACAAGGGGUCUUUUAUUCCUGACAGCUACAGAAACAUUGAAGACACAAUGGUAAAGUUCACUCUGGAAGGUUUCGCCAAAGUGAUGCAGAGAUUCCAAAAGUAUCACGCAUCAGUGUGCGAGACAGCCAGCACAAACUGUAAGAGAAGCAAAGAUGAGAUAGAUGGGGUGAGGUUAUGUAUAACUGCAUUCGGGACAACCAUUGGUACACUCAACACAGAAUGUAUUACAGAGGCCUGCAAAGUGCCACCCAAAGGCGAGGAGCCCAAAAAUAGAACUUCAUCUGCUGGUCACCCACCUCAAAACGACCUUUGUGCUACUCUAGGAAGCACAGAUGACCUCGGCUCUUCGUGGCAGAACUUCUCUUUGAGUAGUUCAGGCUCUCCCAGGCCCAGCAGCAAUGGCUUCACAGGAAGUAGUGGUGCAGCAAAUGCACGCAAUCAGAGCUGUCUAACCACUGAGACUGACGAUGAGAAGUCAGACAGCUUGCUACAAUCCGCUGAUGGAAACAAGAAGCGAGACUUUCAGGCUUGGAACUCUGGUUCCCAAACCGCCCCCAGAUCUGCAGUGCCGGCCACUUCCUCUUCCAAUGCGAGCAGUGGUUCAGAGAAGUUUGAAGUGAUACAAGCUGGUAUUGAGACACUGGCAACUGAGGACUGGAUGACCGAUGUUGGUAUGGCGCUGGAACCAUCACCAGCUGAAGGAGCAGUACACUCUUUAUCCCAUCUAGCUCUCAAGACAUCCUCCAGCUCCCUCGGUGAUAGUUUCGGUUCCAAGUCAUCGUGGGAGAAAAUUUCAGCUGACCUGAACUCCCCCACAAACACAAAACCUCAACCAAGCAGCAGCCUAUCAAAAGCAGGAAGAGGCCACUACAGCCAGUCACCACAGUCUGAUGGGAGUUUCAUUCUCUUGGAAACCGGCGAUUCUAAAAGCGAUGAUUCAGCUCAUGAUCCCACACACAAAAAACACACAUCUGGAUGGGAAUUCAGACAAAACAUGCACACUGAGCUUGACUCUGAAGAUCCCAAGAACGCUUUAGCAACCCCACACCCAAAGCUCCCCCAGUCUGUCCCAGAGCAGUGUGCUUCUACUGAAACCUCCACGGAGAGUUCAUUUGAGAUGCUGGGGGAGCAUCACAGUGACGUGACUUCAGAAAAAACAAGCGUCCCUCACUUGAAGAACCCCUUGUGCUACAGCUGCAGAAAGCACAGCACUGUAGCUGGUGUCCCCGAGAGUCAGUACCUGUUGUCACAGCAGGAUUACCAAGCACUGCUGGCUGGUGUCUGCCAUGAAUGUCUGAUGAAGAGACUUCAUAGUGACAAGACACAGUUUAAAGUCAAGACACACAGAACUGCAUACAGUGCUCUUCAUCUGAAGUUCUCUAAAGCCACGGGACUGUGGACAGCCAGGGAGACAUGUGUUUACAUCGGGGAGCCGAUGGGGAUGAAGGGCCAGCAGAGAACAGCGAUAUGGGUGCAGUUUUUACAUCAGGAGGAGAGGUUAAGCAGCUAUGUGGGGAAAGAUUACUUGAAGCCAAAGCAGAUCCAGUUCCAUCUGAAAGAUGUGGAGAGACAGAUGACAGCCCAGUACUAUGUGACGGAAUUCAACAAGAGUCUUUAUGACAAGGAAGUCAUGGCUCAGAUCUUCUUCAUUCCCUCAGAAGCACUGUUGAUUCUCAAUGGAGAUGAGAUUGUGGGCUGUGUAACAGUGGAGCCCUAUAUGCUUGGAGACUUUGUCAAACUGACCAACAACACUGGGAAGAAGGACAACAGUUUCCCGGCUACAGAAUACGGCCUCGCCUUUGGACAUUUCACCUACUUGCUAUCUGAGUGCCAGGAAGUUGUUGUGGACCUUCAAGGGUGGGUGACCGCCAAUGGCAAAGGGCUGACCUACCUCACUGACCCUCAGAUUCACUCCACCAAGACCCCCAAAGGCCCCUCCAACUUUGCAGCCAGGGGUCUCAGGUUCUUCCUGGAAGAGCAGCAUGGACCAGAGUGCAAUGAUGUUUGCCAGCUGCUCAGACUACCUCCAGUGGUCAAACAGUCACAUGGUCCACCCAUAGACUGUAUGUAAAGAUAGACUCCACUUCCUCCCUCUGUGCACAACCGAAGCUAAAGUUUUGCAUAGGGAUAUCAUCAUUUGGAGCCAGAGUGUGUGGAGUAAUAAUGGGGGUUAGAGCCGCAGCAUCAAGGUCCCGCCCACACACUCUCCCAACUCAAUCUUAAGUCAAUCUCAGCUGUCAAUCAUGAAAUCACACCUCAUCAAAUAACUUGGAAGAAAAAAACCCAAACCUAUUAGAAAAAUUAACACCACAACAGAAAUCAUAUUUGUGAGAAAUGCAUUUGAAGUUUACUUUUAAUUUUUCAGUUUGCUUCUUGAUAUGCAGUUGUGCAAUCAGUUAUUCCCAAAUAAGUGGAAACUGUUUUUAGCUCGUCAAAUAUGAGUACCGUGUCGAGUGAUGCAUGUUUCUGAGUUUAAGUUUACAUCAUUUAGCUGAAUAAAUGUUACUUCAAUCAAUUCACUGUAUAUUCCAUGUACAGCAGGCAUAAGUUAUGUAUUUUAGCUACCUAACUCUGAUAACAUUUGAAGCACUACACCAGGGGCGUAUAGAUAUCUCUCAUAUCAACAUAAUAGUACUUUUUUAAUGAAAAAACGUAAUCAAUAAAAUUAUAUAUAUAUUUGAAAUACAUUCUAUCUGGGGUGCUAAAUGUACAAUAAACCAUAGACUUGGAUGUCAUUUUAAUUAAGUCCAUACUGUUCAUAGACUCAUUUUUUGAAUUUGUCAUGUAAAAAUGUCUCAUGUUUCCAUGUUUCAGAAUUGAAAAAGAAAUUCUUCAUGUUAUUCAGAUUAAAAUCUAUUUUAUUUCAUUUAAAA